GAAAGAAUCACGUGAUACAAAAAAAGGUUGAAGGUUGGUGUUCUUGCGCUGCUUUUCGUUAGUCGCUCUUAGGCACGUGUGUGUUAACAUCUAGUGGAUCAGUUCCUGCAUACCAUUAUUGGAAAUGUUUCGGUUACCAACAGUUCUUCGCCAGGUGAGACCUGUAUCUAGAGCUUUAGCGCCUCAUCUGACCCGGGCCUAUGCUAAAGAUGUUAAAUUUGGGGCUGAGGCAAGAGCUCUUAUGCUUCAAGGAGUUGAUCUUCUGGCAGAUGCAGUAGCUGUAACAAUGGGACCCAAGGGAAGAAAUGUAGUUAUUGAACAAAGUUGGGGGAGUCCUAAAGUAACCAAAGAUGGUGUAACUGUUGCAAAAGCAAUUGACCUUAAAGACAAAUACAAAAAUAUUGGCGCCAGGCUAGUUCAAGAUGUAGCCAACAAUACAAAUGAAGAAGCUGGAGAUGGUACUACCACAGCGACUGUUCUUGCACGAUCUAUUGCUAAAGAGGGUUUUGACAAAAUCAGUAAAGGUGCAAACCCAAUAGAAAUUAGAAGAGGUGUUAUGCUGGCUGUAGAUACAGUUAUUGCUGAAUUAAAGAAGCAGUCAAAACCUGUUACCACGCCAGAAGAGAUUGCUCAGGUAGCUACAAUAUCUGCAAAUGGAGAUCAGGAAAUUGGCAAAAUUAUUUCUGAUGCCAUGAAAAAAGUUGGUCGUAAAGGUGUUAUUACAGUUAAGGAUGGUAAAACUCUUAACGAUGAGUUGGAGAUUAUUGAAGGCAUGAAAUUUGACAGAGGCUACAUAUCUCCAUAUUUUAUCAAUACUGCUAAAGGCCAGAAAUGUGAAUUCCAGGAUGCUUAUCUUUUACUUAGUGAAAAAAAGAUUUCAAGUGUUCAGUCAAUUGUACCCGCUCUAGAAAUUGCCAACUCUCACCGUAAACCCUUGGUUAUAAUAGCUGAAGAUGUUGAUGGGGAAGCUUUAAGCACAUUGGUUUUAAAUCGCUUAAAAGUUGGCCUUCAGGUGGUUGCAGUUAAGGCUCCAGGUUUUGGUGACAAUAGGAAGAACCAACUCAAGGACAUGGCCAUUGCCUCUGGAGGAGCUGUGUUUGGAGAGGACGGACUCAGCUUAAAUAUUGAAGACAUUCAGCCUCAUGAUUUUGGGAAAGUUGGAGAAGUUAUUGUAACAAAGGACGAUACCAUGCUGUUGAAAGGAAAAGGCGACAAAGCAAAUAUUGAAAAACGCAUACAAGAAAUUCACGAGCAGUUGGAAAGUACAAACAGUGAAUAUGAAAAAGAGAAAUUAAAUGAGAGGCUAGCCAAGCUUUCUGAUGGUGUAGCAGUAAUAAAGGUUGGUGGAACCAGUGAUGUUGAAGUAAAUGAAAAGAAAGACAGAGUAACUGAUGCGUUAAAUGCAACUCGUGCUGCAGUAGAAGAAGGAAUAGUUUUAGGAGGGGGUUGUGCCUUGCUUCGCUGUAUCCCAUCACUAGAUGCUCUGACUCCAUCCAAUGAAGACCAGAAAGUUGGCAUUGAAAUCAUAAGGAGGACCUUAAAAAUACCCGCAAUGACCAUUGCCAAAAAUGCUGGGGUUGAAGGAUCGUUGAUUGUUGAGAAAAUUCUACAGAGUCCUGUUGAGAUUGGAUAUGAUGCUAUGCAUGAUGAAUUUGUAAAUAUGGUAGAGAAAGGAAUCAUUGACCCCACAAAGGUUGUAAGGACGGCGUUGAUGGAUGCUGCUGGUGUUGCUUCACUUUUAACGACUGCAGAAGCUGUUGUGACAGAAAUUCCAAAGGAGGAGAAGGAUGCUGGCAUGGGAGGCAUGGGUGGAAUGGGAGGCAUGGGUGGAAUGGGAGGCAUGGGAGGAGGAAUGUUCUAAAUUAGGACAUCUGAACUGAGAACUGUUAUACUGCCGUAUUCUCAUCAUGCUUAUGAGCGCUAACGUUUUCUGUAGAGGAGACCUGACUAAGUCCAAGUGCUCUGUGACACAUGGCUGCAAAAGUUAUUGGAAGACUUGUUGAGAUUAUGUAAUUGUUUACCGCUGUCAUCGUCCAUGCCUUUACAUAAUUUAUUUUGUAUUUUUGGAGAACCUUUGUACAUUCCUUUUAAUUAGGUGCCUAUACCAACAUUCAGCACUUGAUUAAAUUAGAAUUAAUUUUUACUAAAGCUUCAUUAGUUUUAUUGAUGCUUCUCUUGAAAUGCCAUCACAAAUGUGUCAAGUCCUAUUUCUGCAUAUGUAUUAGUGGGCUGUUCUAAGCUAUUUGGAGAUGUAAAUAAAAUGGGGUUUGGGGGGAAAAUCUACAGUGGGAUAUUGAAAAUUAAGAAGUGAAAAAAAUAAAAUACAGGAUACUAAGUUAAGUAGAAACUUUAACAUUUAUGCAGAUCUAUUAGGUCAAAAUAAAAACUUUGAAAGAGC